AUGCUCAUAUUGUAAGAACAAGAAAGAAUUGAAAGAGAAAACGAAAUGUUGAAAGCUGAAAUUGCCAAGUUGCAAUCUUUUGCUAACUCUAAAGUUCCUGAAUUCCAGCAAUUGCUCAGAGACAAUUAGUAGAUGAAGAAAACUUUAGAUCAAAUGAAUUAAUAAAUAAAAGAAGAAGAGGAAGAAAUUUAGAGAUAAAAGUAGGUUAUAGACAGAUUAAAUUUUGAUUUAGACAAAUCAAAGAGAGAUAAUGAAUAGUUACUUUAAGCUUUGAAUGAUAUCAAACAAAGAGGAUUGUCAUAGGAACAAUCUCUUUUGUAAGACAAUCAGAGAAUGAAAUCUACAAUUGAUUCGCUGAAUAAUGAUCUAAGAAGUUUGUAAUAAGAAAUUUAUAGAUUAAAAUCAAUUAACGAUAAAUCCAGAUAUAUCUAAGAUGAAUCAAACCGUUAUUAAUAAGAGAAUUAAGCCAAUUUAGCAAGAAUACGAUAAUUAGAGUUGUAGAUAAGAGACUUGAUGUCUAAGGAAGAUAACUAUCAACUCCAAAUCACAAGAGCAACUCAAGGAACAAAUUCAGAAAAUUAACUACUGAAGGAUCAGAUAGCUCAAUUGAAUUAAUAAUUGCUAUUGAUGCAAAAACAAUAUUAAAAGCAAUUGGACGAAGCAAGAUUUGAUCAUGAUAGAUUGAUUUCCGAAUAAAAAAACACAAUAAAUGUCUAAAUAAAGGAUUAAUUGUUAAGAGACUAAUAAAAGUGGAUGGAUGAAAGAGAGGCCUUGCUUCAUGAAAUUUAGUUAUUGAAGUAACAGUUGGCAUAGAAUGAAUUGCAAGUUACUAGGAAAAGGUAGCUGUUGGAAGAUGAAGCAAAUAAGAAUUAGCAGUUUGUUGUUGAAUUGGAAUAGGCAAACAAUUAACUUUAGAAUAAAUUGAGAGAUCUGUAGAUGCAAUUGCAAUAAUCUGAGAAAGACAAAAUGAGAACUGAUUAAUAUGUGAGAAAAAUCGAUGAAUUACAAUUGUAAGUUGAUUAAUUACAAAGACAAUUAUAUGAUUUAACUAAUAAAUACAAUAACUUAUUGGGUCAAUAUGAAUAGAAGAAGUAUUAGGUUGAUUAAUUGAAUGGGUAAUUGAAUUCCAAUUAGGAUAAUGAGAAUUAAAAGAUCAUGAACAUGGAAAGAUAAAUUAGAGAAUUAUAAGAUCAAUUGGCUGAUAUGUAAAGAUUAAGAUCAUAACUGCAGUAAAUGAAUGAAAAUUACGCAGCCCUGUAAAUUACUUUUAGGAAUUCCUAAAAGUAAUUAUCAGAAGCAGAUGAGUUAAGACAGGAAUUAGAGGCAUUACUAUAAGAUUUGGAAUAUUAUAAACAAUUAGAUAUGAAGAAUAAGCAAGACUUAGAUAAAUAUAAAUAAUAAUUGAUAAUCAUUGAAAACAAACAAAGUUAAUAGGCUAAUUAUGAAGUUGAAAAAUUAAGACAACAAAAUCAAUAAUUGAUUGAUGAAUUGAACGAACUAAAGAAUAGAAAUAAGUAAUUAGAAGGAAAACUUCAAUCAUAAAUUGUUAUUUUAAGCUAAGCUUAAAAUGAUUUAUAAGCACAUUAAGCAUUGACUGAAAAAUAAUAAUAUGCUUUGAAUGAGAGUAACUAGUUAAGAGUUAAGAUAAAAGAACUAUUGGAUUAAAUUCAAUAUUUAGAAAUGGAAUUAAAUAAAAGGGAUUAGAUAAUUUAAGAAUUACAAAUAAAUUUGGAUUAAUUUGGGAAAUAAAGAGAUUCAUAUAUCUUGAUAGAAAAGGAGAAGAAGGAUUUUGAAUAUCGCAUCAUUCAAUUAGAAAAAUAAUUAGCGGAAUUAACUAUGUAUAAAACACAAUUUUUGGAUCUAUAAAGUAAAUAUAACAAUUUUGGUUAAGAAUAUGAAAGUUUAAGAAAGGAUUAUGAAAUAUUAAGAUAUAAAUAUGAUGAAAUUAACACAUAAUUUAUAUAAUCUAAAAAGUAGAUUAAUAUCUAAACGAAUAGUGAAUUGGAAGCAUUGAAAUCAGAGAUGCAAACAUGGAUUAUUAAAUGUAAAACUUAUGAAAGUGAGAUCACUUUUUUAAGAUCUACUAUCACUGAUUAUAAGGACAUAGAGUAGGAAUCAGAUAUGUUAAAGUAGGAUUUAGAAACAUGGUAAAUUAAGUUCGCUGAUGCAGAUAGAGAAAGAAUUUAAUUAAGAUAAAAUAUUUAAGAGUAUGAGAAAUUCAGAUUCAGAAUUACAGAACUUGAAAGAGAGAUAUCAAAUUCAAGACUAAAAAUUGAAAAUGCUGAAAAGGAAAGAGACAAUCUAAGAUAACAAUUAAUAGUUUUCUAAUAAUAAAGAGUUUAGUAUGAUUAGAUCAGGAAGGAGUAUGAUUCUCUAGGGUUCAAAUUAUAAGAAUUAGAAAAGGAAAAUCUGCAAUUGCGCAACGAAAUUGAAGGUUUAAGACAAUAAUUGAUUUCAUUUUAGUAACUAAAAUAAUAAAUAAUAUUUAUUGAACAGGAGAAAUCUUAACUAUUAUAUAAAAUUGAAGAAAGUGAAAAGGAAAAAAACUAAUUAAGAAUGUAGUAUUAGAGUAGUCAAAGUAAUUUUAGUGGUUAUAAAAUGUAAAUGGAUCAAUUGAAUUCUCAAAUUAGUCAAUAUUAAUCAUAAGAGCUAGUAAUGAAAAGAGAAAUUGAGAUGCUGAUUAAGUAAAUUGAUGUUUUUAAGAAGGAUCAAUUCAACUUGUAGUAAUAAAUUUAGGAAAGUUAAUUCAAAUAUUCUGAAAUCAUGAGAGAGUAUGAAAAUUUGUUGAACAAACAAAAAAGCAUAGAUGUGGAUGCUUUGAUGUAUGAAAUAUAUGAAUUGAAGAAGCAAUUAGCUUCAAAAGACAAACAGUAUGAAUAUGAGAGAUAAGAAAUUAAUGAAUAAAAGUAUUAAUUGGAGAAGAACGUGAAGAUAAGGGUUGAACAAGAAAUUAGAGUUUUAAAUGAGAAAUUUAACAGUGAAUUAAAUGAAUUAAGAAGAUAGAUUUAAAUUGAAAGAUAAGAUAAACUAAAAAUAGAAUCUGAAAUGAAAAGUAGGUACGAAUAAGUUGUCACAAAAGAUUAACAAAUUGAAUUGUUGAGAAAAGAGCAAUAUCAGAUGAGAGUGUAAUUGGAGUAAAGAUUUAAUGAAUAGAAGUUAUAAUUUGAAUAGGAGAUUAGAAUGAGAUUAGAAAAGGAGUUGAGGAUAUCAAUUGAAUAAGAGAUAAGAUACUAGAUAGAAAAUGAUUACAACUUUGAAUCAAACAUUUAAGACUAUAUCCUUUAGAUUGACAAAUGGAAAUCUGUUUGCCAGAUGAGAGAUGAGGAGAUAUCUCAUUUGAAAGGUUUGCAGUAAGCCUUUAAGGAGAAAUUAAAUUAAUACACAUCUGAAAUUGAAUCUCUAAAGACUUAAUUAAUGUUAGUGUAGGGAGAUAGACGAACAGUAUAUUAAAUAAAAUGA